AUGGCUCAUGCACUGGAUGAGUUUUCGUAUAAGCAAUUCAUACCUGAGUACGAAAUUGGGAAUUUAAAGCUCAAAGUGAACCACAAGUCCAAUAGACCGCUUAUUCCGAUGAUGUCUAAACUCCGGAGAUCUUCUGCGAAAUCGGGAGCAAUGGGAGUGGGAUGGAAGCAGAUAUCUCUAAAGCUCGAUUCCAUUGGUGGUCUAUUUAUUCUCGCUGAGGAGGGAACUCCGAUUCACUAUAUUGGCCUUAGUAGCCUGAAAAUGACUGAUAUACGACCUGUCGAUUAUUCCGUAUUCACAGUUCCCAACUUAAUCGUCAUACACACUCAUUCUCUCUCUCCAACGCUCCUGAUUGGGCAGAAUUCUUCCAAUCACUCUAACUCUAGCAACUCUACAUUCGGCCUUCUCAAUAACCUCAGGCCCAUAUCGCCCAAAUCCACUCAGCGAUCGAGCCCCUCUCCAAACCAUCCUCCAAGCCCAAAUCCAGACGAUCCACUUUUUAUCGCCUUCCCCACUCGACGGCAUAUGAUAGCUUGGUUGACUCUAUUGCGAUCAUGCACCAAAGCUGACGUUUAUCAUGCCGGUAAAGACCCUCACAAAGGUUACUUUCGAAUGUCAAGACAAAUGUCUCUCUCAAUUGUGGAGCUGCGAUCCCCGCAGAAAGAUGUUCAAUCUAACCUUAAUGAUUAUGUCGAGGACAGCCCGAGUGUUAAUGGUAACUCAUCCAAAAUUAACUCUCUCAAUUCGCUGUCUUCAUCAAGCUCAGCUGGGCUUACUCCGCCAUUACAGCGAAGAACAUCUACCCAAUUCACUGAACCUUACAACGAUACCUACGAGUGGCACUGUGAGAUUUGGGAUCCCACAGGACUAGCUUUUAGAUCCUCUGCCAAGGUCGCUUACCAUCCAUUUUGGAAAGAAGAUUGUCUUCUGGUUGAUCUACCGAAUCUCAACUCUAUAACGGUCAAGAUAUUCAGAUCAGUUUCAUCAUAUGCUUUAUCAAAAGGACAUUUCACAUUGUUUGGUACAGUAUUCAUACCUCUAAAGGCAUAUCCAAGAUUAUCAGAGGUAGACAAAUGGUUCAACGUGAUUGGCAUAAACGAAAACACUCUCGAAACUUCUGUCAGGGGAGAAUUGAGACUGAAAUUGAGGGUUGAUGAGGAUGUAAUCCUGCCCAAAAGCCGUUAUGAUGAAUUGUUUAGCAUUAUGCAAGGUCAACAUAGAGUGAGAGUCAUACAUGACAUCUCUUCAAUAUACCCAUCUUUGGAACAACUUUCUGAUACACUAAUCAAAAUAUACUCAAUAGAUUGCAAUUUAAUGGUAUCUGUAAUGAAUGAUCUUGCUUACAAAGAAAUAUGGUCAUCAAGAGCUGAUGAGAAUACAAUAUUUCGGCCAAAUACAAUAUUAACUAAAUUAAUGGAUCGCUAUAUGAACUUCAUGAGUAGACUGACUGGAUGGUUGGAGGAUAGUCUGGGACACCCUAUCCGCGAAAUGAUAGACAAGAAGGUAGAAUGUGAAUUAGAUACAGAUAGAAAAGGUGGACCAGCAGACAAAGAUGAAUUGCUUCACUGGGCUGAUGUAAUUCUCAAUAGCAUCAUAGAAUCAAGAGUUGGAUGUCCAAUUGAGCUUCGAAAGAUAUUUCAUAACAUAAGGAAACAAUGUCAUGCAAGAUGGAACAAGGCUCAAUUAGUAAACUCAUUUAUCUUUUUAAGACUUUUCGUACCUGCGAUUAUCAACCCAAAUUUAUUUGGUUUGACCAAUGUGUCACCAUCACCUGGAGUUUCGCGUACAUUAACACUGAUUGCGAAAAUAAUUCAAGCUCUUGCUAAUAAUAAAGAGGAGAUGGGAGAUAAGGAGCACUUUAUGGGAGUCGUUUCACCAUUUUUACAAGAUCAUAAUAGGAGGUUUGCAUUUAUUGAUUACGUUGCAUAUGUUGGUAAUGAGGAUUCAGCUGCUUCUUACAAGACGAGUGAAGAAAUAUCAAUAAACGAGUUGGCGACUUCUGUUGAGAAAACAUCGGAUAGGAGAUUCAAUGAUUGCAGUCAUGAUAUAUAUAGGCAGUCUCUACCAAGUUCAUACACAGGGAUUGAUAACUCGAGAGAGUUGGCGUCGUUCACCAACGAUCUCAACAAGAUAUAUAACAAAGUGCAGCUAAAUGAAUUGCAAAAUAGGGAUCAUUAUUUUAGGAGAAAGUCAUUAAAUUACGCCACGCUUGAAUUGUUUGAAGCAAGUAUGGAUAUACAAGAAGAUGCCAGACAGAUGUGGGAGUCUCGGCAAAGACAUAGGAGAAAGGCCAAUUCGGCAUAUGAGUCGUCGAAACCCAACAGAAGCGAAUGGUUAAGUGAUCAGCAAGACUUACGCAGUAGUAGAAAAGUAAGCGUGUCCAGUUCUAGCGCUAGCUUAGAACCGCAAAUGAAGCAAUCAUCGUCGCAGCGCCGUAGAGGAUUUACAAUCACAGGAUUGAGUAAUGGCAGCAAUAAUUGGAUUCAUGAUAGUAAACGUAAGAAUAUUGGCAGUGAUAAUAAGACAAGUAACAGCAAAAGUAGCGCGACUAAUAAGAACAAUAGUACGGGUAAUAAUAAUACAAGUAAUAGUAACACAAGUAAUAAUAAGAGCAAUGGCGCUCAUGCUAAGAACAAAGUUGGUAAUCGUAAUCAAAACAGGGACAAGAAGGAUUACGUCAAUAAUGAUCCAUCGAGAUAUAUGGACCUAGGUAGGGGAUUUAAUGACUAUCAAUUCAUGCAAUACGACAAGGAGAAGAGGGAGAAGAAGGGGAAAAAGGAGAUGGAGGUGGAGAAGAAGGAGAUGGCAAAGAAGGAAGAAAAGGCAAGCCCGCCUAAUACACCGGAGUCGAUGAAGAAUUUGAAAAUAACACUGGAGAAGUACAGACUUACCCAGGAGGCGGUGGAUGAUGCACCGUUACCGAAAUAUCCGUUACCUGUGAGUGACAGUGUGAGUAGCAAUGUGAGCAGCAACGUAAACAGUCACAGCUACGAUAACAACGAUCGUUCAAAGUCAAGGGCGAGUGUUCGAAACUCAGCGACAAAAGGAGAAGAGGAGCACAGCAAGGAUGACAUAAACAUUGACAAUAAAAAGAAGACAGUCUUCUUCAAAUGGACCAAAGGAAUAAUUGAUUAG